UGCUAACAUGCUAACAACAAAAGAAUCGCCGUCCGUGUCGGUUCUUGUGAGAGAUAUGUAUUCUUUGGUAUGACAGUAUCUGCAUUGUAUAGAAAAAGAAGAUUAUUACUCUGACCAAAAAACGUCAAACAUAGAGAUAACCUAUUUCCUAUUUUAUAUUGAAAAUUGAAAUUUUUAUCAAAUUGCACUAAUUUUAUUAUAAAAAUGAACAGAAAGGAGGCACUAUCGACUUUCAUUCAACAAAUUCAUGGUAGACCUGUUGUAGUAAAACUAAACAGUGGCGUGGAUUAUAGAGGCGUUCUAGCAUGCCUAGAUGGAUACAUGAACAUUGCUUUGGAGCAGACUGAAGAAUAUGUUAAUGGCCAGCUAAAAAAUAAAUUCGGUGAUGCAUUUAUCAGAGGAAAUAAUGUUUUGUAUAUAAGCACACAGAAAAGGCGGUACUAAUUUUAGUUUUAAGUUAUAUAAAUAACAUGUAAUUCUGCUAAGAAUAAAAAGUUUUGUAAAUUUUGUAAAA